AUGUCAUUUUUUGAAAAUUUGGAGUUUGCUCUAGAUAGAAAAGAUAUUCCAUGGAAGUCAAUUAUUCUUUCAAUUUCGAUUGCACAGUUUGUGUUCGAAACAUAUUUGACUGUUCGUCAAUAUAAAGUCUUAUCAGGUAAAAAGUUACCACCUGUCUUAGAGAAUGAAAUUGAUCAAGAAACUUUUGAAAAGACUGAAAAAUAUUCAAAAGCUAAAGCUAAGUUUUCUAUCAUCGUCAGUAUUUACUCUUUACUGCAGAAUGCUGCAGUUUUACAUUAUGAUUUAAUGCCACUAAUUUGGAAUAGGGCUGCUUUCAAUUUGGAUGGGAUUAUGGGAGCUAACCACUCACUAUCUACAAUUGCUUACAGUUUGGCUUAUCUAUGGUUGACUUCAUACAUGUCAGCUAUAUUGGAUUUGCCAGUCUCUUUCUACAGCCAUUUUGUAUUGGAAGAAAAAUUCGGCUUCAACAAAUUAACAAUUAGAUUAUGGAUUACUGAUAUGCUUAAAGGUCAUCUUUUAGGUGUUGCUAUCGGUGGUCCAGUUCUUUACUUAUUUUUAUGGAUUUUCGAUAGAUUCCAAUCUAACUUUUUGAUGUACAUCUGUAUUUUCAUUUUUGUUGUGCAAAUUUUAGCAAUGACUUUAAUUCCUGUUUAUAUUAUGCCAUUAUUCAAUAAAUUUACUCCAUUAGAAGAUGGUGAAUUGAAAUCCUCUAUUGAAACGUUGGCAAAGAGAGUUAAUUUCCCAUUGGACAAAAUUUUUGUUGUCGAUGGUUCUAAAAGAUCUUCGCAUUCAAACGCUUAUUUUACUGGUUUACCAUUUACUAGUAAAAGAAUUGUAUUAUUUGACACUUUGGUUAAAGACAGCACUGUUGAAGAAAUUACUGCUGUUUUAGCUCAUGAAAUUGGCCACUGGCAAAAAAACCAUAUUCUAAGAAUGUUAACUUUCAGUGAGACUCACCUGUUUGUUAUCUUCUCAUUAUUCACUUGUGUUUUCCACAAUCUAUCGUUCUACAAUGCUUUUGGAUUCUACAUCGGAGAAGCAGUGUCAUCUGGUGAAAAUGCUCCACACGUCUUUACUCCUACAUUCCCAAUCCUAAUCGGAUUCAUGCUAUUUAAUGAUCUCUUAACACCAUUAGAAUGUGGUAUGCAAUUUGUCAUGAAUUUGAUCUCUAGAUUCCACGAAUACCAAGCUGAUGAAUAUGCUAAGGAUCUAGGAUAUUCCAAACAUUUAUGCAAAGCUUUGAUCUCAUUGCAAGUCAAAAAUUUGUCUACAAUGAAUGUCGACCCAUUAUACUCAAGUUAUCAUUACUCUCAUCCAACACUAGCAGAAAGAUUAAAUGCCCUCGAUUACGUUAGUGAAAAGAAAGAAAAAUAA